CUCGGGGUGUUGCACAAGUUUCGAGGUCACCGGCGAUCCCCCCUAGCAGCGCGCCUGGCUCUGGCCCCCGCGAAGGAGGACGGGGCUUGUGUGUUGCAUACUUUCUAAGGCGGCGGCGACAGCGGCAGUGCGGCAGCGGCGGCUCCAUCCAGCCCGUCGGCCUCUCCUCCUCGGCAUGGCUGGCUACCUGAGUGAAACGGACUUUGUGAUGGUGGAGGAGGGCUUCAGCACCCGAGACCUACUGGAGGAACUCACUCUGGGGGCCUCACAGGCCACCACGGGGGAGGUCACUGCCUUCUUCGUGGCUGACCUGGGUGCGGUAGUGAGGAAGCACUUCCGCUUUCUGAAGUGCCUGCCUAGAGUCCGGCCCUUUUACACUGUCAAGUGCAACAGCAGCCUGGGCGUGCUGAAGGUCCUGGCUGAGCUGGGGCUGGGCUUCAGCUGUGCCAACAAGACAGAGAUGGAGCUGGUCCAGCGUAUUGGCAUCCCUGCCAGUAAGAUCAUCUACGCCCAUCCCUGUAAGCAAAUUGCGCAGAUCAAGUAUGCUGCCAAGCACGGGGUCCGGCUGCUGAGCUUCGACAAUGAGAUGGAGCUGGCAAAGGUGGUGAAGAGCCACGCCACUGCCAAAAUGGUUCUGUGCAUCGCCACUGAUGACUCCCAGUCCCUGAGCCACCUCAGCCUCAAGUUUGGAGCAUUGCUAAAAUCCUGCAGACACCUGCUUCAAAAGGCUAAGGAGAGCCAUGUGGAGGUGGUAGGUGUGAGCUUUCACCUCGGCAGUGGCUGUGCUGACCCUCAGGCCUAUGCUCAGUCCAUCGCAGACGCCCGAGUUGUGUUUGAAAUGGGCGCCCAGCUGGGCCACAGGAUGCAUAUCCUGGACCUUGGUGGUGGCUUUCCUGGAGUGGAGGGGGCCAAAGUGAGAUUCGAAGAGAUCGCUUCUGUGAUCAACUCAGCCUUGGACCUGUACUUCCCGGAGGGCUGUGGUGUGGAUAUCCUGGCCCAGCUGGGUCGUUACUACGUGAGCUCGGCCUUCACCUUGGCAGUCAGCAUCAUCGCCAAGAAGGAGGUUCUCCUGGAGCAGCCUGGCAGGGAGGAUGAGACCGGUUCUGUCCCCAAGACCAUCGUGUACCACCUGGAUGAGGGAAUCUACGGGCUCUUCAACUCAGUGCUGUUUGAGAACACCUGCCCCACCCCCACCCUGCCAAAGAUGGGGAGACGGAAACCCAGAGAGGAGACAAGACUGGUCUCAGGUAUCUCAGCAAACACCGGCAGAGCCAGGCCCAGUCGUGGCCAGGCGCAGCGCAGCCUGGCCCCCUCUUCCAGUCUGCCUCUCAGUUGCUGUCUCCGUCCCGCUCAGGCCCAAGGCCUUCACUCAGACUGUCCUCUCUGCCACCUCGCCUCUGCUUAUUGUAAUCUCCCCCUGUACGGCUCGGUUCCAAGGCUGGUCUCUAGGAGGCCUUCCUGGUUAUCCAGUAGGUGCGCCCACUCUUUCCUCUGAGAUGCUUUACCUUCAUUUGUGCCUCUCCCAGUACAGGGUACAGUGUUCUGGGCCCACACUUUCCCAGGAGGGAAGGACUGUGUGCUGUGCAGCCUGCCUCUCCCUCGUGUGCCUAGUGCAUGCGGCAGAUCUGGAAGGGCUCACAAACCAAACUGACCCAGUCUGUGUUGCUUUCUGAGCAGGCAGCGCGGGCUACGUCACCUGGCCCUGGGCUGGCCACGCUGGCUUAGCAGAUUUGCCUCUCAAAGUCCCAUGAACUCUUGUCUGUGUACCCUCUGAGGGAGCUGAUGCCCAGCAGGGAGAUGGGGGAACGUGGAAGCGAUCCUCCUCAGUGCCGAUGACCAUUUCCAGGACAGAGCAAGAUGGAGGGGAGGACAGGCAGCAAGAAGAAAUCCUGUCACCACUUUUUGGAGUAAAGAAAGGACUUCAUCCGGCUUUCUGGCACUUUCCUUACCAGUGAACAGGGCAUGGUUACACUUGGCUGGAGCGUGACCCCUACUUCAGCCACUCCUAUUGGCUGUGUACGUGCACAGAAAUAAAGUGCCUCGGUGAUGGCAACUGUCCCCAACAGGGAGCA